AUGCAGCAUGUCCUGGGCUUUGGAUAUCCCACCCCGCCAGCAUCGCCGGUGUACGACGAGAAGAGUUCUCUCCAGCAACCCGUAACAACACCACCUCACUGCCAAACGGGACAUGUGCCGCUAAGACCAGAGGAGCGCCUGGGAAUGUUCCUGGAAGGAAAGCUGCAGCUGACGAGCAUCUUGGGAACUGGAGCCUAUGGUGUGGUCUACACGGCCGUCGACGUCAACACGGGCCUCCGGUACGCCGUCAAGUGCCUCAGCAAGUUCAACCCUGACGGAACCCCCCUCGAUCGCCGGCAAGUCGCCUUCCAGAACCGGGAGAUCCGCCUUCACUACUUCGCCUCAACUCACGAGAACGUCUUGUCGCUGCUCAAGAUCGUCGACGACCCGGACUGCAUCUAUGUCAUCCUGGAGUAUUGCCCCGAGGGAGAUCUCUUCUACAACAUCACCGAGCGUGGCCGCUAUGUGGGCAAGGACGACCUCGCCAGGAGAGUCUUCCUCCAGAUACUGGAUGCCGUAGAACACUGCCACAGCCUUGGGAUCUACCACCGGGACCUAAAGCCGGAAAACAUCUUGGUUACUGACCAGGGCGAGACUGUCAAGCUCGCCGACUUUGGCCUUGCCACUGCCGAUGAUCGAUCCGAGGACUACGGUUGCGGUUCAACCUUUUACAUGAGUCCAGAAUGCUUGGACCAUUCUUCCAGGAAUCCUUUCUAUCUUUGCGCGCCCAACGAUGUUUGGAGCCUUGGAGUCAUCCUGGUCAACCUGACCUGUGGACGCAACCCAUGGAAACAGGCGUCUUUCGACGACUCCACGUACCGGGCCUUUAGCCGGAACCCGGGAUUUCUCAAAACGAUCCUGCCUGUGACGGAUGAGCUCAACGACAUCCUGGGAAGGAUCUUCACGCGCGACCCUGAACAGCGCAUCACGUUGCGGGAACUCCGGACCCGCAUUAUGGGUUGCUCCGGAUUGACCGUCCCGGCGGCGGGCGCCGCACCGCUGCCUACCCCGCCGGUCUCUCCGGCGCCUAGCACCCCCCAAUUCUUCGAAUACGUUCACUGUGAGGAUGCCGUCGUGGAUCAAGACCAUGACGACGCAUGCCUCUCUCCGGCCUCGUCCAGCGAUGACGAUGGCUCUAUCUGUUCACACGACUCUAGCUCGCUCACCUCGAGCGUGUCGACACUUGACGACCUUGACGAGGACUUUCUCCAGGAGCAGCAGCAGCAGCAGCAGCAGAAUGACCAGCGGCAGAUUUCUCCGCCACCGCGCAUGUAUGAGCCGGAGGAACAAACCCCAGCGCCGUUUGGUUACCCAGUCCAGGAAUUUGUGCCCCAACAACCACCACCGCCGCGACAAGGACAAGGACAACAUUACACAGGACCUGUUUCCUCGCGGGAUUCCAUGGUUGUGCAGGUGCCCGCGCCAUUGCCGGUUGCUCCACAUGUUGCUUGUGUUCAACAACCCAAGACCUCCUACUUCCCUUUUUGGUGGGACAUGGUUAAGUGCGUCCAACAACAGGGCCCUGCCAUACAACCGCACAUUCCGUUUCACCACCAGGUCCCUCUGUUUUCUCAAGGUUGCUAUUAG